UAUGAUAUGCUCUAUGGUUAAAUUUGGUUAAAUUUCUUUUUUUAUAAUUUCCAAACCGGCUGUAUUAAAUGGCCAACAUUUGAUGAUUUUAAUUAACAAUAUACUGAUAUAACCUUAGAUUUGAGGAUAAAACUUAUACAGAAUGGAUAAGAAAAUAUUAGAGUAUCUCGCUGAACGAGCUGAUCUGGGAUUUACACAUCCCAGACUGAACACGCAGGAACUGGCCAAAGAGUUUGGUGAAGAUCAUCAAAAAAUUGUUGGAGCUGUAAAUAGUAUAAAGGCACAUGGUGAUGGUAUUAUUGUUGAUUAUGGCAGAUCUGAAAGUAAAUUCGUGCUUACUGAAGAAGGGAAGGAAAUUAUUUUAAAUGGUAGUCAUGAAGCAAGAUUUUACCGCUCUUUACCGAAUUUUGGACUUUCUCUAAAUGAGGUAAUGAAAUUGCCUAGUGCAAAACAUGGAUAUGGUAAAGCGAAAUCAAAUGGUUGGGUUUUUGUAGAUGAAGAUAAUACUGUUCAGAGAGCACCCGAUGUCAUUAUUGUAGAUACCGUUGCUGCGGAUUUAAAACAAAUUGACGAAGGAUCUCACGAGGAUAUACCGAUGAAAGUAAUGAAAAUGUACAAAGCCAGAAAAUAUGUAAAAGAAAUAAUUGUAAAAAGCUUCGAUCUGACAAAAGGUCCUAAAUUCACUACAAAUUUAGUUAGGUUGGAAGCCGAUUUGACGGCCGAUAUGCUAGCAAGUGGUAGCUGGCAACAUCUAAAGUUUAAGGAAUAUAAUUUCGAUGCCUUAGGCGUGCCUUUAACUACAGGCUGUUUACAUCCUCUUCUAAAAGUGCGAACUGAAUUUAGACAGAUUUUCUUAGAAAUGGGCUUCACCGAAAUGCCCACAAACAAUUACAUUGAGAGUUCGUUCUGGAAUUUCGACGCCCUAUUUCAGCCCCAACAGCACCCGGCUAGGGACGCCCACGAUACGUUCAUAAAGGACCCUCAGUUUAGCAGUCAGUUUCCUGCUGACUAUCUGUACCGGGUGGCAACGGUGCAUAGUAAAGGGUCUUAUGGGUCUGAUGGCUAUGGUUAUAAAUGGAGCCAAGAAGAGGCUAAGAAAAACUUACUUAGAACUCAUACGACAGCUGUCAGUGCCAGAAUGUUGUAUAAAUUGGGUCAAGAGAAACAGUUCCGACCAGUGAAAUGGUUCAGUAUUGAUAAAGUAUUUAGAAACGAAACUCUGGAUGCCACUCACCUGGCUGAAUUCCAUCAAGUAGAGGGCGUUAUUGCUGAUCAUAAUUUAACUUUGGGCGACUUAAUUGGAAUUAUUAGUGAAUUCUUUAAAAAAUUAGGAAUAACAGAGCUGGAAUUCAAACCGGCAUACAACCCGUACACGGAACCCAGUAUGGAGAUCUUUUGUUUCCAUCCGGGACUGAAGAAAUGGAUCGAACUGGGGAAUUCCGGUCUUUUCCGACCGGAAAUGCUGCUUCCCAUGGGCCUUCCGGAUAACGUGAGGGUUAUUGCGUGGGGUUUGUCAUUGGAAAGGCCCACCAUGAUCAAGUACGGCUUCAAUAACAUUAGAGAUUUGAUUGGUCCAAAAGUCGAUCUUGAAAUGGUGCAGAAGAGUCCAAUUUGUCGUCUAAAUACAUAAGAGAAGCUUUAUCAUUAUUAUUAUUUAUCUUUAUCUAUUUUUUUUCAUAAAUUAAUAUUUAUAUCAAAAAUCAUGUUCGAAAAAGAAAUGUUAUUGAAAUUAAUUUUGUCAAACUUUCUUUUGGGGUAUUUAUAAUAAUGUUAAUUUUAUUUUUUUGGUCCAACCAUUGUAUGUUAUAGUUUGUUAUGGGUAAGAAUAAACUUUUUCUUGGA